AUGGAACUCGAAAGUAGACAACAAUAUAUGAUAGAAAAACAAAACGAACUAAAAGAAAAACAAUUCAACAAAUACAGAAAAACAUGGAAUAGAAUCGAUUCUGUUUUCAAAACAUUAAUUACUGUUUUAACAGUAGGGAUAACGGUGGCAACAGCCGUAACAGGAGAGAUUAUUUUCCGCAAAAAUAAUUUUAGAAUAGUAAAAAGAUCUAAAACUGGCAGAGGUGGUAAUUUACUUAAAAAGAUAAAUGAAUACAAAGGCGAAAAUUGUUUCAUACCAAGCGAUGGUAAUUGUUUUAUAAAAUGUGUAAAUCACUUCAUGAAUAAAGACUUAACAAAUGAAUUUCAAGAUUUCGUCAAUAGUUUUCAAAAAUCAAACAGAAAAGGAGUUAUGACAUCUGCUAGAAUCUCUGAAUUCAAUAAGAAAUUUAAUACUUAUUUUCAAAUUUAUAUGCCCAAACAUAGACAUUUUCAACCAAAGAAAGUAUCCGAAGAAUUAGAUUGGGUAUUUUAUUUACACAAAGAACAUUUCUGUUUGAUAAGAAGAAAUAACAAAACCUUAGGCAUUAAAGAAAUAGAAAAUAUUUACGAUGAAAAUGUAUGGAGAACCUGUGGGGAUGAUGAUGCACUAACAUGUUUUGCUCAGUUAAAACUAAACGUGAUUUCACAACCUCAUGAUGAUACUUUAUACGCAUGGGAUUGCGAAACCUAUAGCGAAAAUAAAGCCAUUCCUUAUUGUUGUACUUUAGUCAAUUUGGAAAAACUAAGGAAAAAACUAGAACUAAUUAAAAGAGUAUUCCCAGAUUUAAAGCCAACUGAUCCCAUUCCAGAAGAAUUUUACAACAAACUCAUGACUAAUAUAGUAGAAAUAUUUGUAGGAACAGAUUGUUUCGAUCAGAUAAUGCGUCGUUUAGGUACAGUAGAUGAAAAAAGAUUAACCUUAAUUUCCCAUAACAGGAGUGGUUUUGACAACUGGAUUGCACUUCAAAGCAUUAAUAAACUAACACAAUGUCCACUAGUAACAGAUAAUAAAAUUCUAUCUCUUCCUUUAUCUAAUCCAUAUACAGAAGAAAGAUUGCAGAAAAAAUGGAAAAGAGAGAAAGGAGAGAUAAAAAUAUCUGAUAAAAAUAAAUAUUUACAAAAUAUGUCCUCACUUGUUCCUAUCAACAUGAAAAAUCUAGUUUGGCGGCAUGGGGAAAUUCGUCUAAUCUACCGAUGA